UCAGCCCCGGCCCGGCUCAGCUGUCGUCCCCCUGUGCCCUGUCACUCCUCCGGCCCCGGCCCCGAGCGCUCUGCGGCCCCGGCCCCGGCCCCGGCUCCUGGGGCUCCUUCAGCGCAGGCAUGACGGAGAAGGAGGUGCCAGAGCCGCCGGCCUCGCCCGCCGCAGGUGGCAAAGCCAAGAGCCGGCAGCUGCAGAAGCUGAAGGGAAUUUUCCAGCGCAAAGCCAAAGAGGAGGCGGCGCAGGAGGCGCAGCCCAACGGGGAACUGCUGAGCCCCUCGGGGGGACCCCUCUUCUACAUCUACGAGGAUGAGGAGGACGAGGAGGAGGAGGAGGAGCCGGAGCCGCCGCCGGAGCCGGAGAAGCUGAUCAACGACAAACCGCACAAAUUCAAAGACCAUUUCUUCAAAAAACCCAAAUUCUGCGAUGUUUGCGCCCGCAUGAUCGUCCUGAACAACAAGUUCGGGCUGCGGUGCAAGAACUGCAAAACCAACAUCCACCAGCACUGCCAGGGCUACGUGGAGAUGCAGCGCUGCUUCGGCAAGAUCCCGCCCGGGUUCCGCCGCGCCUACAGCUCCCCCCUGUACAGCGAGCGGCAGCUGGGGGGCGCCCGCGAGCUCGGUGAGCAGCGGCUCCGACCCGUGUUCGAGACGCUGCGCACCGGGGUCAUCAUGGCCAACAGGGAGCGCAAGAAGGGCCAGGAGGACAAGAAAAACCCCAUCCCCACUUUGGCCCCAUCCACCCUCACCCAAUCCCGACCCCUCCUUUCCUCCCCAGGCGCCUCCGAGGGCGACAAAAAAGCCGAGAAAAGCCCGGCGGACGAGAAGAGCAAGAAGCCGCAGCCGGGGGGGUUCCUGCAAUCAUUAUUUCGUGGCCUUUAUCGAUUCAAAGCCCUGGAGAAGGACGACCUGGACUUCCCGCCGGGGGAGAAGAUCACGGUGGUUGACGACUCCAACGAGGAGUGGUGGCGGGGCAAAAUCGGGGAGAAAGUUGGGUUUUUCCCUCCUAAUUUCAUCAUCCGGGUGCGGGCGGGCGAGCGGGUGCACAAAGUGACGCGUUCCUUCGUUGGAAACCGGGAAAUCGGGCAAAUCACGCUGAAAAAGGAUCAGAUCGUGGUGCAGAAGGGGGAGGAGGUGAACGGAUACGUCAAAGUGUUCACGGGCCGCAAAGUGGGGCUGUUCCCCGUGGACUUCCUGGAGGAAAUCUGAG